UCUCGGUAGUCAGAUGCGAUUGAGACUUGAGAGGAGAAGGAUUACCUGAGAAAAACCGGCUUUUGGGGGGGUGGAUUUUUUUUUCUCCCUCUCUUUUGGCGAACCGCUUUCCGGAAGAUUAUUAUUAUUCUUAUUAUUUCAUUUCCCUUCAAACCGCGAAGCCAGCCCUUGUGUGGAUAACCCUGGUGUUUUAAAUUUUUUUCCUUGUCUUUUGGACCAUUAUGACUCUGGAGGAAAUUCACAGCCAGGAAUCGAUGCCUGAAACGAGCGACAGUAGCACCACUAGCACCGCUAGCACAAACGGAACCAGGAUGCAGAGCGCCGGCAAAGCUCUCCAGGAGCUGCUCGUCGCUUCCCAGCGCCGUGGCUGCCUUACCGCCGGCGUCUAUGAAUCGGCCAAGCUGAUGAAUGUCGAUCCAGAUACCGUGGCUUUCUGCGUCUUGGCCGCAGAUGAGGAAGACGAGGGAGACAUUGCCCUCCAGAUCCACUUCACCCUCAUCCAGGCUUUCUGCUGUGAAAACGAUAUCGACAUUGUGAGAAUAAACGACAUCCAGAAACUGGCUGCCAUCGUGGGUGCAGGAGAGGAAGCUGGGGAGCCACGAGAUCUGCACUGCAUUCUCAUUACGAAUCCCAGUGAAGAUGCUUGGAAAGAUCCAGCUUUGGACAAGUUGAACUUGUUUUGUGAGGAGAGUCGAAAUGUGAAUGACUGGGUGCCCAAUAUUGCCCUUCCUGAGUGAUGGAGGCUGUUCCCUUCCAAUGCAUAGAAGAGGUUCACACCUUUUGUUGCAUUCCCUCAUCCUGGAGUUACAUAUCUGGGCAACCCAACAAAGUGGCUGAAUCUGGGGAUUAGCCCGGUCAACAGCUUGGAUUAAGUCGCUCAGUCAGCACACGGUGGGAUCUUAUGGAGAAGAGAGGAAGGACGGGGAUGGCUUAUUAUGCCAACAAGAAGUCCCCACUAAACUGCAGUGGUAAGGAAGCUGGCACGGCUGGAGCUGAAAAAGUAUCUCAUGAGGAGCAGAAGAAAAGAAAAACUCUUGCUGGCUUCCAAGUGAGAUGAAAUGUCUGUGGUAGCAAAAUAGGGGAGAAAGUUGGAAAACUGAAUACAGGUGGCAUGUGGACAAUAUGUGGACACUAAUCAGGAAUGAUUGAUGGGGGUACUUAAAAAGUCCCCAAAAGACUCUAAGCAUAGUACACACUGGUACCAUUGUAUUGAUAUAAAAAGUUCAAUGAAGACUGAUCUGUCAGAGGUCUUUGGACUAUAUAUUCUGCAUUGAAGAUCAAUUUUGCAAUAAUUUUGAAUUUAAAUUGAUGAUGAUGUCGAAGAUCCGUAUAUAUUUUGUAAUAAAUUUUGAAGAUUUAA